AUGAAACGUUAUGAAGACAAUUCGAAUCCUGAAAUUCAUGCUCUGAAAGCAUAUCUCGCAUUACAUCUAUUGCUGAGGGGACAAAAGUUGGUGCAGAAAUCUAUAUUGAAGAUUGUUAGCAUUGUUGGCAGGAGGUAUAAAGAGCUUGGCAUUUGGUCAUCAAAAAUUGGUUUCUCAGGGAAAAAUGAGGAGAAGGGUAGUGGGGUUAUUGGCGCUUACAGUAUGAACAAGUUGGGCAGCUUGGUAAAUUGGCCAGGGAAAUCGGACCGAGUCCCCAGUGGAUUGGCAGCCCCCUUGAAAACUGGAGUUCCUGGAAAGAUUUCCAAUCCGGCAUUUGUGAAGGUAGAAUGGGUCGAAAAGACAAAUGAGAUGAAAUAUGAAGCCAACCGGUCAAGAUACGUAGAGUUCAGUCAACCAUUUUCCGUGUCUGGCUUGUCAUUGUCAAUGCUGGUUCCAGCCAAGAUUGAUCCCCACAGGGCUUGGAUAUUUGUGAUGCCUUUCAUUAGAGAUAUGUGGAUUUAUGCACUUGCCAACUUACUCUACAUGAUGUUUUUCAUUUGGUUAAUGGAGCAUCAGUCCAAUCCAUUAAUCCAGAAUUUAGGGGGCCAUGGAAAGAUCAACUUGGAACUGCGUUGUGGACCUGUGGUUCACAUUCAGUUCUCUCUUCUUUGCUCAUAA